CACCCCGGCGCGCGCUUCCUGUGAGGUCAGGUGGGCGGAGCCGCAGCCCGUGGACGCCGCGGCCCGGGGAGCGCGCCGGCAGGUACAGCCCAUUUAGGGACCUGCAGCUCCUGGGAGGAUGGUGCGGAUCCUGGCCAAUGGAGAGAUCGUCCAGGACGAUGAUCCCCGAGCGAGGACCACCACCUCACAGAGAGGUGGCACUCCUCGGCAGGGCUUUCUCAACAGGGGCCCUGGGCCCCGUCAGCCGCAGGCGGGAGCCAGGCUGGGUGCCGCUCAGUCCCCGUUCAGUGACCUCAACCGGCAGCUGGUGAACCUUGGCUUUCCUCAGUGGCACGUUGGCAACCACGCGGUGGAGCCCGUUACCUCCAUCCUGCUGCUCUUCCUGCUUGCCAUGCUGGGGGUUCGCGGCCUCCUGCUCGUGGGUCUGUUGUACCUGGUGUCCCACCUCGGCCAGCGGUGACCUGGGGGCGGGCGUGGGGGGGCCGGCCUGCAGAGAGGGGACUUGGUAUGAGAGAAAGCACGGAGGCGGCGAGCUGGGGUCCUCGAAGGUGUGAUCAGAGAAGGAGCUGUAGGUGUGGGUCUCCCUGCUGGGUUAAGCCUGAGGCAAGAGGGCAUCUUAAAACCAGCACCCCAGGGCUGGAGAGAUGGCUUAGCUGUUCAGGUGCUGGCCUGAGAAGCCUAAGGACCCAGGUUUGAUUCCCCAGGUCCCACGUAAGCCAGAUGCACAAGGUGGCAUAUGCGUCUGGAGUUCAUUUGCAGUGGUUGGAGGCCCUGGCUCUCUCUUUCUCUCUCUCUGCCUCUUUCUCUCUUGCAAAUAAAUAAAGUUAAAAAACAAAAAAACAAAAACCAGCACCCUGAAGUAUAGGGUGGGUAGCCCUGUUUCCCUAUAUGGGCCUUCAUUAAGAGGCACAAGACCAGGGUAAGAGGCUCUUUGAGGUGCCAUUGUAUUGUAAUACCCCCAGAACCUUAGCCGAUUGCUCUGUACCAGGAGUGGGGUGGGGCUUAUUACAGCUGGGAAGUGUCCAGACUUUCUUAAACCCUUUUGUUUUUCUUGUGUCUUUGUAUUGUCUACUUUUUAUUUAUGACUAGGGGAAUUGGUGUUCUAUUUAUUGUGAUUUUCAAUAAAUAGAUUUAAGUAGG